AUGACUCAUUUACAAGCUGGUCUCUCUCCCGAGACCCUGGAGAAAGCUCGCUUGGAGCUCAACGAGAAUCCAGACACGCUGCACCAGGACAUCCAGGAGGUGAGGGACAUGGUCAUCACCAGGCCGGACAUCGGCUUUCUGCGCACAGAUGAUGCCUUCAUCUUACGCUUCUUGCGGGCCAGGAAGUUUCAUCACUUUGAGGCCUUCCGCCUCCUGGCCCAGUACUUUGAGUACCGGCAGCAGAACCUGGACAUGUUCAAAAGCUUCAAGGCCACGGACCCUGGCAUCAAGCAGGCUCUGAAGGAUGGCUUCCCCGGGGGCCUGGCCAACCUGGACCACUAUGGCAGGAAGAUUCUAGUCCUUUUUGCAGCCAACUGGGAUCAGAGCAGGUACACACUGGUGGAUAUUUUGCGUGCCAUCUUACUUUCUUUAGAAGCCAUGAUUGAAGAUCCUGAGCUUCAAGUCAAUGGAUUUGUUUUGAUCAUAGACUGGAGUAACUUCACCUUCAAGCAAGCCUCCAAACUUACACCAAGCAUGCUGCGAUUGGCUAUUGAAGGCCUUCAGGAUAGUUUCCCAGCGAGGUUUGGAGGAAUUCACUUUGUCAAUCAGCCAUGGUAUAUCCAUGCCCUGUACACCGUGAUCCGGCCUUUCCUCAAGGAGAAGACUCGGAAAAGGAUAUUUUUGCAUGGUAACAACCUGAACAGUCUACACCAACUAAUUCAUCCCGAGAUCCUGCCUUCUGAGUUUGGAGGAAUGCUGCCCCCUUAUGACAUGGGAACGUGGGCAAGAACACUGCUAGACCACGAAUAUGAUGAUGACAGUGAAUACAAUGUAGACUCCUACAGCAUGCCUGUGAAGGAGGUGGAAAAGGAACUCUCCCCCAAGUCCAUGAAGAGAUCCCAAUCGGUAGUGGAUCCUACAGUAUUAAAACGCAUGGAUAAAAAUGAAGAAGAAAACAUGCAACCUUUGCUUUCUCUGGACUGAUAACUUCUCUACACUCCCCAUGGAUUAGAAAUGGAAGGUACUUGUUUUCAGCAACAGGGACAGCACUGUGGAGGAAUGACCAGCUGGAAACUUAUUUAUUCAUGUUAAUGUAGCAUAAUAUAAAAUAAGACAUUGGGCUUUCCCAUUCGCUUGAACCAUGGGUGCCCUGGUCUGGAGUUAAAGAAAAAAAAGUCAAUAAUUUAUUCUGUAAGUGCCAAGUUCUUUGUA